AUGAGGUUGAUUCUGGUUAAACCCACCAACGCAACACGACGUCUGGACUCGACAGGUGAAGUCUUCCGAGACGGGGACCAUGAACACUGCACCUCAGGAGGUCCGUCGUCUCUGACAAAGAAGCCCGAUGGGAAGCAUGACCCGUACUCCGGAACCUCAGCUGAAACGCCUUCACCCCCACAGGAGAAGAGUCUGUGCUGUGUUUCAUCUUCACCCCACGAAAGAUCGAACGGAAUCAGCCCUCCGAGAGGUUCAGGCCAGAUGUCGCCACUGAAAACCCGAAGUCUAACCUUAUCGCAGCUGAGUGAUCAGGACUGGCUGCUGCUUUGUAGCCAGACAAACCCUCAGCACCUCAGUGGAUCUAAACACAGUCCUCCACUGCUUGACACCUUAGAAACUAGCGACAUACUUAACGGAGACGCAGUGCGACCGCUGAGCAGCCACGGCACCUUAGUGUCUAGCAUUGCAGACCUUCACUCAGACCAGCAGCCUCUUCAGCUUCUUCACAGUGCCAUCCUCGAGGACGCCUUCUCUAAAGUCAUCAGAGAGGACUCCAGUAAGGCCAACAGCGAAAACAUGACCAGAGAGGAAGGCGCCGUACCACAGAAGAAGACCAAGGACUUUAGCUACCGGCUGGGUCAGAGAAGAGCUCUGUUUGGGAAGCGCAAACAGUUGAGCGACUAUGCGCUGGUCUGUGGGAUGUUUGGUAUUAUUGUCAUGGUCAUCGAGAUCGAACUGUCCAGGGAGUUUUACAGCAAGCAAUCUAUAUAUUCGUAUGUGCUAAAAGGCCUGAUCAGCCUUUCUACUGUCAUUCUACUUGGACUCAUUGUGAUGUACCACGCAAGGGAAAUUCAGCUCUUCAUGGUGGACAACGGGGCAGACGACUGGAGGAUAGCCAUGACCUUUGAGCGGGUUCUCUUCGUCGGGUUGGAGCUCCUCGUCUGUGCCAUCCAUCCAAUCCCAGGUCAGUAUGUGUUCACCUGGACGGCUCGGCUGGCCUUCAGCUACACGGCAUCAGUGGCGGACGCCGACGUGGACAUCAUCCUCUCCGUGCCGAUGUUCCUGCGCCUCUACCUGAUCGGACGGGUCAUGCUGCUCCACAGCAAACUCUUCACAGAUGCUUCCUCUCGCAGCAUCGGAGCGCUCAACAAGAUCAACUUUGACACUCGUUUUGUCAUGAAGACGUUGAUGACCAUCUGCCCCGGCACAGUCCUGCUCGUCUUCAGUGUGUCCUGUUGGAUCAUCGCUGCAUGGACUGUGCGCAUAUGUGAGAGGUAUCAUGAUGCACAGGAAGUAACGAGUACCUUUCUUGGAGCAAUGUGGCUGAUUUCCAUCACCUUCCUGUCCAUCGGCUACGGAGACAUGGUCCCUCACACCUACUGCGGGAAAGGGGUUUGCCUGUUAACAGGAAUUAUGGGAGCGGGUUGUACAGCCUUAGUGGUCGCCGUUGUUGCAAGGAAGUCAGAGCUCACCAGAGCCGAGAAACACGUGCACAACUUUAUGAUGGACACUCAGAUCUACAAAAAGAUAAAAAACACGGCAGCAAAUGUGUUGAGAGAGACGUGGCUAAUCUACAAAAACACCAAGCUGGUCAAGAAGGUCGACCGUGCCAGGGUGCGCCACCAUCAGCGUAAAUUCCUGCAAGCCAUCCACGAAUUACGAAGAGUCAAGUUGGAGCAAAGGAAAUUAACUGACCAGGCCAAUACAAUCGCUGAUCUUGCAAAGACUCAGAACAUGAUGUACGAUCUGGUGUCGGAGCUGCAGCAUCGGAGCGGGGAGCUGGACCAGAGGAUCGUGGCUCUCGAAGAGAAGCUGGACUCCAUCCUUCUCAGUGUGCAGUCGCUGCCUGUUGCGCUCUCUCAAGCAAUAACAAAGCUACAAAAAGAUUUCCUGGACGAUUUGGCCUGUCGUGUCCACUUCCUCUCAUCCUCCCUGAGCUCUGAGUGCUGUUCAGUGCCUGCCAGGCAGCUCUGUCCAGGAUCCACCACACCAGAGACACCGUACAGCUGA